AUGGUCGGUGAGCGUCCUAACCGCCAUGCCACCGACGCCCCGUUGAUAAUUAAUGAGAAGAUACUAUUCAUAGUAAAUUCCUUGGUCUACCAUUCAGUCCUAAGCCUGGAAAUCAGGGAAAGCUGGGCAUAAGACUAACUAACAAUCUCACUCCGUGAAGAAAACGACUCCAUUGCCAUGAAAAUUCAAAGCAUAGGAGGUUUAAACUUAUUUUCCUCUAGAAUAGGAAAGAUUCCUCAAUUCAAGGAAGGAUGAUGUCAUUGGGUGCGAGAGUUCGGGUAGCCAGUUAGGGUAUGUGUCUACUUUGAGUGAAAGCAAAAGCACCAUGUUUUAGGUUGGCUUGAAAGGCUAUUUAGAUUGUGAAAGAAAUGACAAGAUACGGUAGAAAAGUAUUACCAAUUUAUAAGAGCAUAUGGGCUGGAAGAAAACUCUGUAGUUUAUUAACUGGCGAGUCAAUAAUCUAUUCCGGUCACCUGGACGGUAACCCCGAAGCAAUCUGAUUUUGUGGCUGUCAGUAUGUCACCGACAUCAUUGGAGGCGCCGUUUUAUAAUAGGGAACCAUUCUCCUCCAGGGUUAUGACAAAAAGACUCAACUGAAAAGGUAGAGAAGUUACUAUCACAUAAUGCUACGCACCUACAAACGACUCAAAUCUGGUGAUGAAUAAGGACUUAUGCAGGCAACUGUAAGCAGUAAUAUGUACAAGAUUUCCCAAUCUACCGAUCGUCUAUUUACUCAUGACUGUUAAACUUUUUGCUGAUAUUUUUAUUAAAUUUCUAGUCCGUAUUCAUCUGCACUUCAGUUCAGUAUUUUCAUUCUGCAAAACUUUUAACAAACAUACGGAACAAGUUAAUCGUCAGAAAUCGUCGAAGCAUCCUCACAAGGAGCCAACUUGUCGACAAUCAAUCAACAGGAAAAAUGAAAUAUGAAUUAAUAAUAAAAUACCUUACAAAGGCCUGUUUUUUUUACUGACCUCUGUAGUCAAAAUGGGUUCACCUCAACUCGUGGACACUUUUGCCUCUCAACCAUUGGUAUGUGAUGUAAACUCGGAUAUGAUCGCUGAUUUAUAUGGUGAAACAUCAAAACGCGAAAGAGUGGUUUAUUUUGGCGGGAGUGAAUUGAAAAAAUUGUCUGCCUCAUACGCUGGUCCAUCAUGGUCACGACUUGGUUAUUCAGCCUUUGGUGAUGUUAACGGAGAUUAUAUCCCUGAUUUUGUUAUUCUUGUGGAUGAUGGGAAUACACAACAACUACAAGUUAUAACCCGAAGUCUGUCAUCCGUCGGUUCAUUACCUGAUGUGUCUAAUGCUGAACUGAUUGAACUUGAUCCGAAAUUGCUGAGCUCACCAAAGUCUGUUUUAGGCCUGUUUGUUUUGAAUGACUUCGACUACGAUGGAUCAAUUGAUUUACUGCUACCUGUGUGUACAGAUGCUAAUUGUUUGGACUCUAGUUACAUGUAUAUGUAUUCCUUUAAAAAUAAAAAAUGGUCCCCUAUUGACAUAAACUGGCAACCUUCAAAUGCCAAGGAAGACAGUGAAGUCAAAUGGUCUUUAACAUCGAUUCCACAAAUAAAGUCCAGCGCUUUACUUACAAGUUCUCUAGUUGGUCCGACUGUAGGUGAUGUCAACAUGGAUGGCAAACCUGAUUUUGCUAUGGGAGUUACAAGCUACACAAAAAGUGGUCAAGCUACAGGAACUUAUCCAGCAGUAUUCAUUAAUCAAGGAUUUAACUCACGCGGAGUUCUUACUUUCCAACUUACUUUACUAUCUGGUGUUGAAUUACCACCGGAUAAUAAAAGAAUACGCCAGUUGGCCUUCUUUGAUCAAACUGAUGAUAGCAUUCUAGACCUGUUCGUUGUUUCGCUGAAUUCUCAUGACCAACCAUCGGCUCAAUUAUUCCUUAAUUCUAUCGAUGCAGAUCCAUACUUUAUCAAGGUUACUGUUCUUAACGGACUUUGCUCAUCUUCUGAUGUAUGCUCAGAUGGAAGACUACCAUAUGGUCUCCCAGUGACUGGUAUAAGCUCUUUUUUGGAUACUGAAGCUGCUUCGGGUGGUCGUCAACUUUCUUCUGCACUGUUAAGUUCUCAGAGUUGUUGUAGUGCUCUUCAAGUGCCGUUUGAAGUAUUAGGCUUGGGUCCAUUUGCAAAUUAUGUGGAAAAACUAACUGUGUCGAUACCUCCAUCUAAAGAUGCUAUUCGAUCACGUUUACUAUCAUUUAUAGUUCCCAAAGCUCAAAUUGUUAUCAAUCCAUAUCCUUUGAAUAAUCCUUCGGCAUGGACUAUGAAAUUGUUUCUGCAACCAUUAUACAACAUGAAGGUGUUAUACAUAGCCAUUACACUACUAUGUAUCUGUAUACUACUCUUAAUCAUCAUUGGUAUUCUUCAAUGGUUCGAGUUUCGUGAAGAUCGGUUAGAAAAGCAGAAAGAAUCACAACGUUUUCAUUUUGACGCAAUGUGA